AAGUUUUUCAAACUAAAGUAAUGGUUUUUAAAAUGUUACUAUUGUUAGAUAUAGUUUUGAGCUUAGAAAGAACACCGCUUAUGCCAAAUUUGCCUGUAGGAAAGUAUAAAUUAAAAUUCAAAGCUAUUUCUGUUUGUAAUGAAACCAUUGAUUAUCCAAUGAAAUUCAAAUACUAUUUGUCAAAAGCUUCUACGUCAAGAGUGCUUUUAAUGGGAAACAUUACAUUGAGAAUUCCAUUUGAUGAUAAUUUAAACUUCAACGUCAAUCUGGCUGUAUGGUCGAAAAUUGGAGGUUGGAAAGAUAAUGCAUAUCUUUAUCAAAAUAAUAAAGCAUGUUCAUCACUAAAAUAUCUUUUGGGAAAAGUAUGGAAUGAAUACAUCGAAAAACAUAAUUUUACAGAUUGUCCAAUUCAACCGGGUUUUUAUAAACUAAAUGGUUUUGACUUAUCAUAUUUGGAUCAAACCGAUGUUCCAAAAGAAUUCUUUUACGGCACUUACAAACAAAAAAUCUUUUACUCAAAUAAAAAGAAUGAUCAAGUUGGCUGUUAUUUUAUUAUAUUCGAUUUAUUACGUCCUUGGGAGUAA